UCCUGUAAUCUCGCGUAGUUAGCGAAAUGUGUACUGAACGGAAGCCGCCAUAGGUCAAUUUCAAUCGGCGUGCUCAUUUGAACAAGAAGAACCGCUACGAAGCACGGGAGGAGAGCGGCCCAGUACGAUAAUUCAACUUUCAAGUCAAUAUUGAUGGAGUGGCAGCCAGAUGAGCAGGGACUUCAGCAGGUCCUCCAGCUGCUCAAAGACUCACAGUCGCCCAACACAGUCACACAGAGAGCUGUCCAACAAAAACUUGAACAACUCAACCAAUUCCCCGACUUCAACAACUAUCUCAUCUUUGUUCUCACACGACUCAAAACUGAAGACGAGCCGACUCGCUCUCUGAGCGGUCUGAUCCUGAAGAACAAUGUUAAGGCCCACUACCAGAACUUCCCCUCAGCUGUGGCUGACUUCAUCAAGCAGGAAUGUCUCAACAACAUCGGUGAUCCCUCGCCGCUCAUCCGUGCCACCAUUGGCAUCUUGAUCACUACUAUUGCCUCCAAGGGAGAGCUUCAAACAUGGCCGGAGCUGCUGCCUCAGCUCUGCAACUUGCUCAACUCAGAGGACUACAACACCUGCGAGGGCUCGUUUGGAGCGCUGCAGAAAAUCUGCGAGGACUCGUCGGAGCUGCUGGACAGCGACGCUCUGAACAGACCCCUCAACAUUAUGAUACCAAAAUUCCUCCAGUUCUUCAAGCACUGCAGCCCCAAGAUUAGGUCCCAUGCCAUCGCCUGUGUAAACCAGUUCAUCAUUGGGAGAGCGCAGGCCCUGAUGGACAACAUUGACACCUUCAUAGAGAGCCUGUUUGCGCUGGCAGCAGAUGAGGACUCUGAGGUUCGAAAGAACGUGUGCCGAGCCCUGGUCAUGUUACUGGAGGUCCGCAUUGACCGCCUCAUCCCCCACAUGCACAGCAUCAUCCAGUACAUGCUGCAGAGAACCCAGGACCCCGAUGAGAACGUGGCUCUGGAGGCCUGCGAGUUUUGGCUGACUUUAGCAGAGCAACCCAUCUGCAAGGAGAUGCUGUCAGGACACCUGGUGCAACUCACCCCUAUCUUGGUAAAUGGGAUGAAGUAUUCAGAGAUAGACAUCAUUCUAUUAAAGGGCGAUGUGGAGGAGGACGAGGCGGUGCCAGAUAGCGAUCAGGACAUCAAGCCCCGUUUCCACAAGUCGCGCACUGUCACUCUGCAGCACGAAGGAGGGGAGGGUGAGGAGGGCGAGGACAUUGAGGAGGACGAUGAUGACGAUGACGACACGUUGUCUGACUGGAACCUGCGGAAGUGUUCAGCCGCAGCACUGGACGUACUGGCCAACGUGUUCCGCGACGAGCUGCUGCCCCACCUCCUGCCGCUACUGAAAGGCCUGCUUUUCCACCCCGACUGGGUCAUCAAGGAGUCUGGCAUCCUGGUGCUGGGGGCUAUUGCUGAGGGCUGCAUGCAGGGCAUGGUGCCCUACCUACCAGAGCUGAUCCCCCACCUCAUCCAGUGUCUAUGUGACAAAAAGGCCCUGGUGCGCUCCAUUGCCUGCUGGACCCUGAGUCGCUAUGCACACUGGGUGGUCUCCCAGCCCCCCGACUCCUACCUCAAACCCCUCAUGACGGAGCUUCUUAAACGCAUCCUGGAUGGCAACAAGCGGGUGCAGGAGGCUGCCUGCAGUGCGUUUGCCACCCUGGAGGAGGAGGCGUGCACGGAGCUGGUGCCCUACCUGAGCUUUAUCCUCGACACACUGGUGUUUGCCUUUGGGAAGUACCAGCACAAGAAUCUCCUCAUUCUUUACGAUGCCAUAGGAACUCUGGCGGACUCAGUGGGCCACCACCUCAACCAGCCUGAGUACAUUCAGAAGUUGAUGCCCCCUCUUAUUGCCAAGUGGAACGAGCUGAAGGACGAGGACAAGGAUCUCUUCCCAUUACUAGAGUGUCUGUCAUCAGUAGCCACCGCCCUGCAGAGUGGGUUUCUGCCUUACUGUGAGCCUGUGUAUCAGCGCUGUGUCACACUAGUCCAGAAGACACUAGCUCAGGCUAUGAUGUACAACCAGCAUCCAGACCAGUAUGAGGCUCCUGACAAGGAUUUUAUGAUUGUGGCCUUGGAUCUGCUGAGCGGCCUGGCUGAGGGUUUGGGGGGUCAUGUGGAACAGCUGGUGGCCCGCUCGAACAUCAUGACCCUGCUUUUCCAGUGCAUGCAGGACACUAUGCCUGAGGUGAGGCAAAGCUCCUUCGCUCUGCUGGGUGAUCUUACCAAGGCGUGCUUCCUCCAUGUUAAGCCCUGUAUUGCUGAGUUCAUGCCCAUCCUAGGGCUCAACCUGAACCCAGAGUUUAUCUCGGUGUGUAACAACGCCACCUGGGCUAUUGGAGAGAUCUCCAUGCAAAUGGGUGCAGAGAUGCAGCCGUAUGUGGGCAUGGUUCUGCCGCACUUAGUGGAGAUCAUCAAUAGACCCAACACCCCCAAGACUUUGCUGGAAAACACAGCCAUUACGAUUGGCAGACUGGGUUACGUCUGCCCCCAGGAAGUGGCGCCACAGCUUCAGCAAUUCAUUAGACCAUGGUGCACAUCUUUGAGGAACAUCAGAGAUAACGAGGAGAAGGACUCAGCCUUCAGGGGAAUCUGUGUGAUGAUUGGAGUCAACCCUGCAGGAGUCGUGCAGGACUUCAUUUUCUUCUGUGACGCUGUGGCUUCCUGGGUCAACCCCAAGGACGACCUGAGGGACAUGUUUUAUAAGAUCCUGCAUGGCUUCAAGGACCAGGUCGGGGAAGAGAACUGGCAGCAGUUCUCCGAGCAGUUCCCUCCUCUGCUGAAGGAGCGCCUGUCAGCCUGCUACGGCGUCUAACCCAACCUCCCCUUUGUCCACACAGGAUACCAACCUGUUAGGUUAAUGUAGGGGAGGGUAACUGGGGAACUCAUUGCACUGCCCAGAUCGUGGGGAGAAACAAGAGCUGGAGGGACGUGACUGGCCUUGAACCUCCACUCAGCGGAUGGCCCCCUUUCCCCCCGCGCCCUGUGUGUCUCUCUGAGGGAGGGAGGGGUGGGAGGAGGGUGGUGGGUGUGGGAGGGUAAACUGGGGAUAUAUACAUAUACCUCUCGGAUUAAAUGCCUCACUAAAUCCAACACACUCUAAAGUGACUUUUCGCCAACAGCACCGCAGGGAUCCUAGGUAGGCGAGGCUGGCUUUGACCGCCCCCUCCUCGAUUUGAUUAUUCUGUUAAGAUAGGUAACGGCUGGGAGGGGAGGGGGGGGGGGGGGUUGUCAGAUAGGUACAUAAAAAGGAAUUAUCUGAACCAGCAUAGGGUGCCACAGUCCCAAACUCCACAAUGCACCUAGUCCGUAGAAUCACACAGGUAGAUGUGUUUAAACAGGCUCCUGCCAGAGGCUAAACAACAAAAUCAAAAGACGCUUUUACUAUGUAACAAUGCAGGAAACGUGCACACAUUGUUUGCACCUUUUCUGGUGAAACUGCAUAAACCAUUUGGUGUGCAUAUCCAUGGGUCUUUACUCUUUUCACAUGUACAUUUAGCUGAAUUUAAUUUCCUUCCUCUUCCCUCGGUUACUGAAUCAUCACUUGAGGCAAAAAAAAAGAUGCAGUAGGUUUGUCCUCGAAGGUUUUACCACGGCAGUACCAAGUUAUUGCAUGGCAUAUGAUCACCUCUUAAGUGACGCAUGUUUGAGUGAAUGUCUGUCUCGUUGCUCACUUGAUUUAUCGCAUUAAUUGUCAGUAUGGGGAGGCUGCCAUAAUUUGAAGCUGUCAGGUGCUGGUUCCUUUGUCCUCCCAUUCAUGCAUCUUGUCUAAUCAAUGUCCCUUUAGUUUAACGGAGGCUGUGUGCGUGAAGACCAACUUUAGGUAGAUUAACGCAGGAAUCAGCUUCACGUCUGAUCGUCUGGAGAAUCACUCUCUGCGAUGAGUUCAAAUACUGUAGGUUAAGUCGAGAAUCCUUUUUGCUGCUGCUGCUGCUUCGUUUUUAGGGACUUUACAAAACGGACUUAACGAGAGCGAUAAGACAUCACCAAGAAUGAAUUAGUUCUUACUGAUAUGAAUGCACUUUUUUUUUUCUUUUUGUAAGAAAUUUAGAAUUUCAAAUGUAAGACAUACAGUAAUAAUAUACUGAUCUUGAGACAUAGUUUUUUUUGAUAAGUGAUUUUAGGACUGUUAAUGGCUUGCUAAAGUAAGCAUAAUGUCUAUGUUAAGCAAUGGUAAAAUGACUAGGUAAGACUCGAGGCCUCUUAACAUAGUUAUAAUGUAGCCCCUCCUGAAAUGGGUUGAAAUAGGAUUUAAGAGGAGGGAGACACCUUAAUUACAGUAUUUUGGAUCCACGUCCCAGUGCACCCGCCAAUCCAUAUCUGUGUUUGAGUGUCCCCGUCUCUCUCGUCGACGCUUCUUUGUGAAACGAUGGCUGCCCGAGCUGUCAGGGCUUCUCCUGGUCAUGAACAUUGCAUGCUUUUCAGUGAGUCUUGCUCCUUUUUUUUUUUUUUUUUUUUUAAAGUCAUUUUAUAUAACGGGUCUGUUUGGAGGGAUCUACCUUAUAAUAAGAGCUUUGUCAAUGGCAAUGCAACUUGCUGCUGGACUAAUAAGGUACUUCUCCAGCUUCUGAUCAAACUAGUGAUUGUUGUUGCCAUAUAUUCACCCGUUGAUACUGUGUAGGAUUUGCCUGGGAAUACACUGACUCUGAGUCCUAAUAGUUCUCCCCUGACACUGGUUAGCUUACGUGAGAGAGUGGUGGUCUUUAUCCAGCUUUAUCUUUUAGUCAUUGUCCAUAGUGGACGGUUGUAAUGGAAGUGUGUAUGGCUGUUUGCCUGUUGGUGUUUUACUAUAAAGGUGUGUACGUGAGUACUGCUUAGAUGUUAUGUUGCACCAGCCCUACGAUAAAUUCAUGUCCGGGGGUGUAGUUUGACUCAUGCCUGAGGUGAUGUGGCCGCUGGGAGUAUCAACACUUGCCUGCCAGUUUGCUCAAAUCUUCUAAAACAAACAUUGUCAAAAACACUGAAAUCUGUUCCUUCCUGAAUUUCAGCUCACAUCAACAGAUUAUGUAUUUUAUAGAAUAAGAAUUCGUGUGAGGAGUUUCCUCAGCACCCCACAGGGUGGAUACUGAUGGCAUCUUGUCCAGUUUUUAACCUGGUAGGCAAGUUUUGAGAUUUAAGGCGGCUGCUCGCUGAUCACAGGCCGCACAGAGCAGCUGGUGAAGCAUUUAUUACAUGAAUCAAUAAAUCCUUCAGAAGGAUGCAGCUCCUGCGCCACAAAGAAUUGGUUAAACAAAAAAAAAACAAAAGUUGAGGCUUUACCACUCCUCACCAUUUUGUGAUACACUAAGCUACAUGCAGAAAUAAAUUUAAAUGCAAGUUGUCCACAGGUUGUUUUUUAAUUUAAUUUUAUUUUUUUUAAUUUUGAUGCUCGUGACGGUUUUGUUUUUAUUAAUUUAUUUUGUUUUUUGUUUAAUUUUUAAUUUUUUUUGUGCUGUAGGGCACAAAUUUUGUUUGGACUUUAAAAGUUUUUUUUUUUUUUCUUUUUAUUCUUUUUAUUUAAAGAAUUAUUUGUUUUCGUUGUUUUAUAGCGGACCAUUUGAUUAUGUCAAAUUUGAUGUUGUGGUUGGACUGAAAGAGUCGGUGCUUGGUGCAUACCUUGGGGAAGAAUGUGGAAAAACGAAUUCACACCUUUGUUUCAAUCUGAUAUCAAGGCUGGCAAUUGAAUUUGAUGUAGUACCUUCUUUUUUGCUCAACUGUGGUGCAGGUGGGAUGUUAUCUGAUGUAUCCCUUUUUAUUUAAUUUUUGUGAAUAGGGGAAAAUAAAUUUUUUUUCUAUUAA